AUGCCGGCCUUUCCCCGUUGGAACACAACCCAAAAUGACUACCCGAUGCCGAUAGUCCCCCGAGAAGCUCCCCGACUUCCUCCCCGUAGCAUACCGUCGUUGACGGCGACGACGUCGUCGACAACCAAGAACAACACACCUAACACUUCAGCCUCAUCCGAUGCCACCAAAUCUUCCGAGCGUAGUGGUGAUAGUACGACAAACGAGUACUACACUCACUCUAGCGCUAAACGUGUCAACACUGACUUGGUAAUCACCAAGGCCCUGAAGGAGCAAUACCCGCAUCUUGAGCUCGUUGUGAUCCCAGAGUCCGUCUCCUACGAUACCCAAUGCAAUCUCCUGGCCUACGCCCAUGCCGGCUUUGCCACCUACGAGCCUAUCGAAGAUGACGGCGACGCCCUCCCCUCUUCGUUGGAGUGGCUUGUCUACCUCCCGCCCGCACGUCGCAUGGACGGCAACCUGGGCGGUCUUGCCAACGCCGUCAUCUACGGCAAGUACCUUUACAAGUGGAAAGGCUACGAGUUUAUUGUAUACCUUAUCGAUGGUCGCGACAGCACUUCAGGAUACAUCCAAACCAAGAACUAUUAUGUAUUGACUCCCGAGACGCACUACGUUGACCAGCUGGUCCUCGCCGCCGGUUCUUGGAGCGCCGACCUGCACGACGAGGUAUGGGUGUACGACCAGGGAAUGUGGCAAAAGAGCCGCGACUUGUUUGAGAGCACGCGAAAUGCCACGUGGGACAACGUUAUUUUGGACGAGGACAUGAAGAAGGCCCUCAUCGACGACCAUUGGUCAUUCUACAAUUCGCGCGAGACGUACCAGAAGCUCAAGGUUCCCUGGAAGCGCGGGCUCAUUUACUACGGGCCCCCGGGCAACGGCAAGACCAUCUCCAUCAAGGCGACGAUGCGCAUGCUGUACGAGAAGAAUAUUCCCACCCUCUACGUCCGAACAUUGACCUCAUACGCCGGUCCCGAGUAUUCGCUCGGUCAAAUCUUUGGUAAGGCGCGUCAAUUCGCGCCCUGCUACCUCGUUUUCGAGGACCUCGACACUAUUGUGUCCGACAACGUGAGGAGUUACUUCCUCAACGAGAUAGACGGUCUCAAGGCCAACGACGGCAUCUUCAUCAUCGGUAGCACCAACCAUCUGGACCGCCUCGACCCUGGUAUCUCUAAACGCCCCUCUCGUUUUGACCGGAAGUACUACUUCCCCGAGCCUAAUCUGGAGCAGCGUGUCGCCUACUGUAAGUUCUGGCAAAAUAAGCUCAAGGGGAACAAGGAGGUUGAGUUCCCUGACAAGCUAUGCCGCGCCAUUGCCAAGAUCACCGACAAGUUCAGUUUCGCCUACAUCCAGGAAGCAUUUGUCGCUGCUCUACUCGCCAUCGCGCAGAGGCAAGACAACGGUGUCAAGCGUGAUGAGAUUGAGGCUUUGACCGAGCAGAUGGAGGAUGACUGGCUUGGAGUUGUUGACGCCUCGGCCGAAGAUGAGGACCUGGAGAAGCUGAUUCUGUGGGUGGAGAUUAAGAGGCAGGUUGAGAUUCUUCGCGAGGGCAUGGAGGAGAAGGAAUAG